UCUUAAAACAGCUAAAUAUUAGUUUAGUUUCAACUAAUACUGUAUAUGCAUUUAUUGACACGAACAAACAGCUAUAUUUUAAGUAACACAUGCAGUAACAAAUGUUUUUUGUUUAGAUGUUCCCUAAAGAAAGAGUUAGUAGUUUGUUAAUUUGACCAGAUGAGAUAUAUUCUUGUAUAAAGAUCUCCUUAUCUGAGGAAAGAACAUUUACAUUUUUAAAACAUUUGCAUUCAAACUUUAUGCUUCAGUGCACUGAAAGUGUUUAUAGAUCUGUGAGUUUAUGACCGAGUGAUUUUCUAGACCUCGACUGUGGAUCUGAAACAUGACUUUAAUAUCCAUCCUUGUUUGUGUACUUACAACCUGCACCUGGGUUACUGUUGGACAGAUUUUGACUCAGUCUGCAGAUCAAAUAGUGCAGUCUGGUGAAACUGUUACUGUUCAGUGUAAACAUACACCAGCAAUACAAUGUCAUAAACCAAAUACCACUCAGCAUUGUAUGUCCUGGUUUCAUCAGAUUCCUGGAGAAGUUCCUAAACUCCUGAUCUAUCUCACAUCAAACAGAGCUUCAGGUGUUUCUGAAAGAUUCAGUGGCAAUGAGGAUGGAAAACACAUUGAUUUUACUCUGACCAUCAGUAAAGUUCAGCCUGAAGAUUCAGGAGUUUAUUACUGUCAGAGUCAACAUAGCAGAACAGGAGACAGUAAGAACCCAGACUGGGUGUGGACUUUUGGUGGAGGAACAAGACUCUCAGUUGGAAGUAAUCGUCCCCCAACUCUAACGGUUCUGCCUCCCUCCAGAGAUGAGUUGAAACAGGGUAAAGCUACAGUCAUGUGUGUUGGCAGUAAGGGUUAUCCCUCUGACUGGAAGCUGAACUGGAAGAUUGAUUGUAGCAGCAGGAGCUCUGGUGUGAAUCUGAAUCCCAGUGUUCUGCAGAAGGAUGGACUGUACAGCUGGAGCAGCAGUCUGAGUCUCACUGAGAGUGAAUGGAGAUCAGCAUAUACCAUCAGCUGUGAGGCCACUAAGAGCUCACAGAAUCCAGUGACCAAGAUCAUUAACAUACAACAAUGUGAUAUAGAAUGAGAUGAGAACACACACACACACACACACACACACACACACACACUCUCUCUCUUUCUCUCUCUCUCUCUCUAACACACACACUCACAUGCACACACACAAAUAUAUAAACAUUGAUAUGUAUGCCCACAGACACAGAUAUCAAAUGUGACAAAAUUAGAUGCUGCUUUUCUUUGCUCUUUGAUUAAUGAAUGAAAUGUGUUUCUUUCUUAAUGCUUCAAUUUUCGUAUAUUUGACAUUUACAGUGGCAAACUAUUUGUAUUAAAGUGUUCUUUUAAAAAAAAAUAAAGCUUUG